AUGAGUGACGAGCAGCUCCCCACCUCUCCCCGCUGCCCUGCUACAGAAGGGGACACUAACGUCUCGGCCUCUGGUUGCCCUGAGCACUGGGUCGAGCCCCGGUUCACGCAAGCGGCAAGGGUCCGUGUGGUUGUCACAGCCAUCUUCUUCUUGCUGGCGGCGGGCAGCAACGCGGCGGUGCUCGGCAGCCUGCUGAGGAAGAGGAGGAAAUCCCACGUGCGGCCGCUGAUCCUCAGCCUGGCGCUGGCCGACCUGCUGGUGGCAGUGGCAGUGAUGCCCCUGGAUGCGGCGUGGAACGUGACGGUGCAGUGGUAUGGAGGGGACGUCUCCUGCAAGCUCCUCAACUUCCUCAAGCUCUUUGCCAUGUACGCGGCUGCCCUGGUGCUGGUGGUCAUCAGCCUGGACCGGCACGCGGCUGUCCUCCAUCCCUUCUCCCGUGCUCGCCGCCGCAACGGACUGCUGCUCCGCGCCGCCUGGGCUGGCAGCGUGCUCCUGGCUUUGCCUCAGCUUUUCCUCUUCCACCUGCACACGGUCCCAGGAGGGAACUUCACCCAGUGUGUUACUCAUGGGAGCUUCCGAGCACACUGGGAGGAAACCAUCUACAACAUGUUCACCUUCACCACCCUCUACAUCACCCCCCUGAGCGUAAUGAUCGUUUGCUACAUCCGCAUCAUUUGGGAGAUCAGUAAGCAGCUAAAGAUCAAUAAAGGUUUGAUAAGAAGUCAAAACGACCACAUCUCCAAGGCACGCAUGAAGACUCUCAAGAUGACCAUAGUGAUUGUUGCCACCUUCAUCAUCUGCUGGACCCCAUACUACCUCCUGGGCUUGUGGUACUGGUUCCAGCCAGCCAUGAUCCAGAAGAUGCCAGAGUAUGUCAACCACAGCUUCUUUCUCUUUGGCUUGCUGCACACCUGCACCGAUCCUGUCAUUUAUGGACUGUACACCCCCUCCUUUCGGGAGGACGUGCGGCUGUGUCUCAGGGGCAUCGAAACAGCCAUUACCAGGCACGAGAGACACAAACCGAUCUCAGUCUCAGAGAAGAACAUCAAGGAUGCUUCUAUAAAUGGUGGGGUGGCAUCAGGGGGCUCCAAUGGGACAACUGUCAACACGGUUUGCUGA